AUCAGCAGGACGUGGGUGGGGCCAGAUAAGAGAAUAAAAGGAGGCUGCCCGAGCUAGCAGUGGUAAUUGGCUGGGGGUUGUAUUCCACGCUGUGGGAACUUUGUUCUUUUGCUGUUUGGGUCCACGGUGCUUUUAUGAGCUGUAACGGUGCGAAAGUCUGUAGUUUCACUCCUGAAACCAGCAAGACUACAAGCCCGCCGGGAGAAACGAACAACUCCAGAUGCGCCAUCUUAAGAGAUGUAAUACCGCGAGGAUCCUGCCUCUCACAGUCACCCUGCUCCCAAGUGCAACCUCUGUCUGACCCUGCGUGGUGUGCGGUGCCCUCCUGCCUCAGGCCGCGAAGAAGGAUCUAAGGGCUUGGCUUGUUUGAAAGAACCACACCCCCAAAGUAACAUCUUUAGAGAAAGUGAUACAAGAGCUUCUGCACCUCCUGAUAGAAGAAGUCCAAAGGGUGUGUGCACCCACAAUGGUGCCUGAAGAAGAGCCUCAAGACCGAGAGAAAGGACUCUGGUGGUUCCAGUUGAAGGUCUGGUCUAUGGCAGUCGUAUCCAUCUUGCUCCUCAGUGUCUGUUUCACUGUGAGUUCUGUGGUGCCUCACAAUUUUAUGUAUAGCAAAACUGUCAAGAGGCUGUCCAAGUUACGAGAGUAUCAACAGUAUCAUCCAAGCCUGACCUGCGUCAUGGAAGGAAAGGACAUAGAAGAUUGGAGCUGCUGCCCAACCCCUUGGACUUCAUUUCAGUCUAGUUGCUACUUUAUUUCUACUGGGAUGCAAUCUUGGACUAAGAGUCAAGAGAACUGUUCUGUGAUGGGGGCUGAUCUGGUGGUGAUCAACACCAGGGAAGAACAGGAUUUCAUCAUUCAGAAUCUGAAAAGAAAUUCUUCUUAUUUUCUGGGGCUGUCAGAUCCAGGGGGUCGGCGACAUUGGCAAUGGGUUGACCAGACACCAUACAAUGAAAAUGUCACAUUCUGGCACUCAGGUGAACCCAAUAACCUUGAUGAGCGUUGUGCGAUAAUAAAUUUCCGUUCUUCAGAAGAAUGGGGCUGGAAUGACAUUCACUGUCAUGUACCUCAGAAGUCAAUUUGCAAGAUGAAGAAGAUCUACAUAUAAAUGAAAUAUUCUCCCUGGAAAUGUGUUUGGGUUGGCAUCCACCGUUGUAGAAAGCUAAAUUGAUUUUUUAAAUUAUGUGUAAGUUUUGUACAAGGAAUGCCCCUAAAAUGUUUCAGUAGGCUGUCACCUAUUACACUUAUGAUAUAAUCCAUUCACACAUUCAUUUAUUCAUUUAUUCAUUCAUAAAAUGAGUGUUUAGUGAACAUUUUUCUAUGUGCCAGAGACUACUGGAGAAUGCUUUUGCAGAAAAACAGAGGGAGCAUGAGCAUCUGCUCUUCUUUUCUUUUUUUUUUUUUUUUUGAGACGGAGUCUUACUCUGUCGCCCAGGCUGGAGUGCAGUGGCACAAUCUCGGCUCACUGCCAGCUCUGCCUCCCGGGUUCACGCCAUUCUCCUGCCUCAGCCUCCCCAGUAGCUGGGACUACGGGUGCCUGCCACCACGCCUGGCUAAUUUUUUGUAUUUUUUUUAGUAGAGACGGGGUUUCACUGCACUGUGUUAGCCAGGAUGGUCUCAAUCUCCUGACCUUGUGAUCCACCCACCUCAGCCUCCCAAAGUGCUGGGAUUCCAGGCGUGAGCCACUGUGCCCGGCCACAUCUGCUCUUAUUUUCCGACAGCUGAGGGGUGAAGUGCCUGUUAUGGGCUGAAUUGUGUCCCCUCAAAUUCGUAUGUUGAAGCCGUAACCUACAGUACUUCAGAAUGGGAGUCUAUUUGGAGAUAGAACCUUAUGAGAGGAAAUUAAGUUGAAACGAGGACAUUAGGAGCCUUAAUUCAAUCUGACUGAUGUCCUAUGAGGAAAUUCAGGCAGGUAAUGUGGCUCAUGCCUAUAGUCCCAGCACUUUGGGAGGCCAAGGCAGGAGGAUCCCUUGUGUCCAGGAGUUCCAGACCAGCCUGGGCAAUAUAGCAAGACCCUAUCUCUACAAAAAUUUUUGUUAAAAAAUUAGCCAGGUGGCUGGG